UACAAGAGACACGCGCUUGUGAGAGAACGUUAAAGUCACGUCGCAGUAAUUCGGAGUGUUAUUUAGCUUAAUCGGCGGUUUUUCUAUUAUUAAUAAAAUUAUUAUUCCUUUUUUUUCUUUUUUAAUCGUAAUUGUAUUUAAAAAUAUCUUAUUGUGUUCGAUUGAAAAAAAAAUUUAUUAGUUUUUUUAUGCAUGGAGUACAAUCGGUAAAGUAACUUAUAUAAAGAUACUACGUAUAUUAAUCUACCGUCAAUGUCGAGAAAGAUGACAAAGAGUAAACGACUCGAUCGACGCGACAAAAACUCAUUGUGAACGCGACCGAGUGGCAAUGGAGGUUAGAGGCGAGUGUACGGAGCGCGCAGCAACAUUUUUCGUGGUGACAUACCGAAGAAAUUCAGGGGCAUCGGGAGCUUCACAUGGGAGGGUUUUGGAGGCUGAGUAGGGAGCUUGCGCCUAGCCAGGCCGACUGGUUCGAGCUUGCGAGGUUUCGAGCAGCAGCCAGUCGCCGGCUGCCGGGCCACGACCUCGCAUCUCGUCUGGCUUUGCUCCCCUUUCCGUGUCGAAACAUCGAAAGCCACGCUUCUCGUAUCGUAACUCGCGGAGUGUCGCGAAUUUUAACAACACCACUCGACAUCUCGAUAUAAUUCUAUCCAUCGUUGUUUAUAUCUAUCGGCUUUUCCCGGUUGCAAGAAAUAGUGGCAAAUAAUCGCAAAGUGACGAACAUUCGUUCGAUCGUAAAGUUUACACGCGAAAACAAAACAAAAGAUCUCGGGCAAUAGUGUGAGAGUGAUAUCGAGCAGUGUAUCGAUUAGUUCCGUUCGAAGUGUCGUACGUUUCGCGGUAGUUCUUCCUUGAGAUCAGUCGUCGUUUCGGCAUGGCGAAUGGGUGAUAAACACGAGACUCCUGAUCCGCCGCAGCUCGACGGUGUCUUUCAACAACGGGGGAGGAAUCAUGUGAGGUUACGACCAUGAGGUGUGGCGGGCAGAGCGGUGUCUGGACAGCAAGCGUGAUCAUACUGUCGAUCGGGAGCUGGGUCGGAAGGGUUGGGCCAAGACCAGCCGAUGGCGAGACUGCACACCUGACAUCGCCCAAGGAGAGAUUGGAGACCGUGCGCCAGGUCCUCUCCGAGGUGCCUUUGAUCGACGGCCACAAUGACCUGCCCUGGAACAUUAGAAACUUCGUUCACAACCAGCUGGCCGACUUCGAUUUCGAGAAGGAUCUGCGGCAAGUCGCGCCUUGGAGCAAGAGCGCCUGGAGCCAAACGGAUUUGGUUAGGCUUCGUCAAGGGAUGGUCGGCGGCCAGUUUUGGUCUGCUUACGUGCCGUGCGAGUCCCAGCAUCUCAACGCGGUCCAGCUGACUCUGGAGCAGGUGGACCUCAUUAAGAGGCUCAUAGAGAAGUACUCGCAACACUUGCAGUUCGCUGCGUCUUCGAGGGAGAUUCUGGAGGCUCGCGAAAGGGGCAGAAUAGCUUCGCUGAUUGGGGUGGAGGGUGGACAUAGUCUAGGAAGUAGCUUAGCUGUUUUAAGGACACUGUAUCAAUUAGGCGUGCGUUAUCUGACGCUCACGCACACUUGCAACACGCCGUGGGCGAAAAGCUCGACGGUUGAAGACGAGGACGAGGACGGAGGCGGUCUAACGGCGUUCGGGAAAACAGUAGUCCAAGAAAUGAAUAGGCUUGGCAUGCUGAUAGAUCUUAGUCAUACAGCGAGAGCCACCAUGAGGGACGCUUUAAGGACCAGCAAAGCACCCCUCAUCUUUUCUCACUCCUCGGCCUUCGCCAUUUGUAAUUCCUCGAGAAACGUGCCCGACGACAUUUUGAAGCAAUUGGCUGCCAACGGUGGAAUAGUGAUGGUGACGUUUUAUAAUUACUUCGUGAAAUGUGGCUCUCAGGCGACCAUUUCCGACGUCGCUGAGCACAUAUACUACAUUAGAAAUCUAAUUGGCGUGGACCACAUCGGUGUCGGUGGCGACUUCGACGGUAUCAACAAAACACCGAGAGGACUCGAAGAUGUUUCAAAGUAUCCGGAACUGUUCGCCGAACUUCUUCGAAGUGGGAAAUGGAACGUGCUCGACUUAAAGAAAGUCGCCGGCCUGAAUUUGUUGAGGGUCCUCCGACAGGUGGAACGAGUGAGGGACGACAUGAGAACAGCCGGAAUGACGCCAUCCGAGGAAUACCUCCAAGAUUCUCCCGAUACAACUGGCAGCUGUGCACUCGAUAUCAAUUCCGUGCAAAGAGUCAUGGAAGUUUGAUCGUUCUAUCGAUAUCCUCUGUUCAACCAUGGUGUGUAAAUUACUUCUCUACGAGCACCUUACCGUCCUAUGCUCAGACAGAAACGGACAGAAUCUCGUCAAAGUGGAGAAAAUUGUGAGAAAAGGAACGAUUGGAAAGGGAAGGACUUCUCGUCGCUUUUGAUUCUUGCCCGCCUAAAAACUCUUCUGAAAGCUCAAUCGGGAUAUAACGUUGAACGAGAAAAAAAAAUGAAGAACCUACCUCGAACGAAAUGCACAGCUUUGAAUGAUUAAUUUGCUCGGCUGUAUGUUUUUAUUGUUUAAAGCUUUUUCUCUUUCUUUUUUAACGAAUCACGAGUUACAUGUUAUAUCGACGAUGUAUAUUCGUCGCGUUUAUACGUAUAUUAUUCGAACAAUUGAGAAAGUAUGAAAAUUUUGUUUAAAUUUCGUUCAAGAUUAAAAAUAAUCGUUAUGAAAUUCGCGCUUUAUUACAUUGUGAAUAAUGACGGUGUAAUUAUCGGUAUCAUAAUUUAAAGGCUUAAGUUUUAAAAGAAGAACUUAUGAGUAUAAGAUCGUCUCUAUUUUGAACAUUUACAACAAUCGUAUUUUGGUAUUUCGUAUAUAUAUAUGUUUCGGAACAAUGUCCAUGGUAACGAUGCUAUUUUUAAUAGAAUAGUUAUGUAUCAUAAAACUUAUUAUAAAGAAAAAUGUGUAUUCUAAUAUACAAUCUUUGAAUAAAACUCCAACAGACAGUGCUCCACUUCGUAUUUUUAUGGUGCAGGGAAAUUAAAAUAUCAAUUCGAACAACUAUGUAUAUCACAAAUUAGAAUUUUCAUCAUCAUUCGAAAAAAAAUUAUAGAGAAUUUAUAUUUCUCGAAGGAAUGAAUUUUCUUAAAAAUCGAUAUAAUUUCCUUAAUUUGUUAUUAUAUGUUAUAAUAUAAAUACGUAUAUUAAAUUUUUAAUUUUUCAUUAUAAUCUAUUAAUAAUUGAUUAAUUAUUAAUAAUGUAAUUAUAAUAGAUAAUAUUUAUAAAAUUGCUAUUAAAAAAAAUUAACUAGGCAAACGAUUAAUUGUGCGUAAUUAAAUUCAAUACAUCGGAGCAGAUAAAGAAAUCAUAUUGUGACAAUAUAGAAAUGUUUUCUAAACUAUGUCACUCUUGUAUUGUAAAAAAAAAAAGAAAAAAGAAAAAAAAAAAAAUAUUAUGUGUAAACCCGGCUGUGUAUAUUCAUAUGUCUUCCCCCCUUUGUUGCACCGAAAAUACGUGCACUUUAGCGUGAAAAAUUUGAAAAAAAAAUCAAAGUGAGCAUCCAUAUCUGAAAAAUUACGGGUUUAUUUCAUAUAAACGUAUAUAAUUAUUGAAACAAAAACACUUUCGAAAAAAAAAACAUAUCUGUUUUAAAAGUUAACAAGAAGAGAAAGAGAUAUAUUCGCAAAAUAAAUCCUGCUAUUAGUAUUAUAGAGAAAAAAAAAAAUAUAUUAUUAUAAGAAAAAUGCUUUUCACAAAAUAAAAAGUAUUUGAAUAAGAUAAAAAUUGCUCACAAAAAAUGUCGAUAAAUUUCAAAAAUGUGUGCGUGUUUUUCAAUGCGGAUGUAAUCUAUUAUUUAAGUAUACGCAUUCAAAGUUUCUUCGAUGAAAGUACCAUCAUCUAAUAUACAUCUUUCGACGAUUCGCUGAAAAUUGGGAUGGGAUUUGAAAAUCCUCGCGAUUUUCGUGCGUUAUCAUUCACCUAUCUGUGUCCUGUGUGCACUUACUAUGUGAUUCAUGCGAGUUGAUUUUUAAAAAGAAAAACUUGUUGACAAAUGACAAACAAGAAAUGAAGAUAACUCGUAUGAACUAUACCUAACUCCCAUAAUAGGAGUAGGUAAAAAACUUUAGAAUAUGAAAAAAAUUCCGUUGUAUCUUCGCGGCAGACUCUAUAAAUAAAUGUUUCUAUUGUA